CGUAAAGGAACUCCCAAACAUGUCCUGCUAAUCGCACGGUGCCAGUGGCACCUUGCGGGUGGUUCCGAAAACCUACACGUUAACCUGCAAAAUUAACAAUGGCUACCGCUCAGUACGAAAAGAAAAGGCGCCAGCCGCAGGGUCAGCCGGCAACGGAACAGACGGCCAAGCCCGAGAAGACGGCAAAGGCUGCUGUGACUACCACGAAUGGCGAGGAGGAUUUCCCUCGUGGUGGCGCAGAUGCUUUGACGGCGCUCGAGCGUAAGCAAUUGGCCGAGGCGGCGAAGGCGGAGGUGGAGGCUGAGUUCGCGGAGGGGAAGCAGCAAAAGAGCAAAAAGCCUCGAACUGGAAAGAAGGGCGAGGAUGACGAGGACGCGUUUUUCGGGCGCCAGGCGGCCUCCCUUGAGGGCAAAAUGGCCAAGCAUGUGGAGCUGUUGCGCGUCAAGAACCUGUCGGUGGGCACCAAGCUGUGGGGCAUGGUGCUGGAGGUGACGCCACGUGGCCUGGUCAUCUCCCUGCCGCACGGCCUGCGCGGGCACGUGGCGCCCGCACGCGCCUCCGACAUCCUGGCCGCCAUGCUCAAAGCGCCCGCCGGCGGCGUAGCCGCCGCCGCCACCACGCCCGCCGCCAAAAAGGCGGCGGCCCUGGUCGCGGCGGCCGGCGGCGCCGCGCCGCCGCUCACUGACCUGUUCGCGGUCGGGCAGUUUGUCCGCUGCGUGGUGGUGGAGGGCCCGGAGGGCGCAGGCGAGGGUCGCAGCGCGAAGCACGUGGAGCUGAGCCUGCUGCUGCGUGACGUGCAGGGGCAGUUGGGGGCGGGCGGGCUGGUGGAGGGGGCGGCGGUGGGGGCGUGUGUGCGCAGUGUGGAGGACCACGGCUACACGCUGAGCUUCGGCAUCAAGGGCACCAGCGGCUUCCUGCGGCGGAAGGACUACGUGGAGCAGUUCGGGGAGGGCGUGGCGUUGCAGGUGGGGGGUCUGCUGGAUGUGGUGGUUCGCUCGGCGGGCGACAAACGCAACGUGCUGGUGGGGUGCGGCCCGGGUGACGUGGCGGGCGCGGUGACCAAGGAGGCGGACGCCAUCACGGGGCUGGACUGCCUGCUGCCGGGGGCGCUGCUGAACGUCAAGGUCCGCAAGGUGUUGUCCAACGGUCUCCUGGUGUCCUUCCUCACCUUCUUCCACGGCACUGUGGACUCAUACCACCUGCCGGCCGCAUCGCCCGCCGCCGCCGCCGCGGGCGCCGACGGCGCGGGCCUGGACUGGAGGAAGGCGUACAGCGAGGGCGCCAAGCUGCGCGCCCGGCUGCUGUACGUGGACCCGGCCGGCAAGCGCUGCGGGCUGAGCCUGCUGCCGCACCUGAUGGCCAUGGCGCUGCCCAGCCCCGUGCCCACACUGGGGAGCGUGUUCCAGGAGGCCGAGGUGAUGCGUGUGGACGCCUUUGCGGGGCCGGGGCUGCUGCUGCGGCUGCCGGGUCUGCCCGAGGGCCCCGCGCCCGCCUUCUGCCACGUGGCCAACGCGCUGGAGACAAAGGUGAAGCCGGAGGAGGCGGCGGCCGACAUGACCAAGAAGUUCAAGGCCGGCGCCAAGCUGCCUGCCCGCGUCAUCGGCUACCGGCUGAUGGACGGCAUGGCCACCGUCACUGUGCGGCCCAGCCAGGUGUCGGCCUCUGUGCUCAGCCUGGCGGACCUGGCUCCGGGCAUGUUGCUGACCGGCACCGUGACGGCCGUGCCGGACAAGGACGCCGGCGGCGGCGCGGUGGUGGUGUCGGUGGCGGAGGGGGUGCGCGGCAUUGUGCCGCCGCUGCACGCCACGGAGCUGGCCGGCAGCGGGUCCAAGGGCGGCCGCAGCGCCGCAAAGAUCAAGGUCAAGGUGGGCGAGAAGGUGGAGGCCCGCGUGUUGGAGGUGGACCCGGCCGCCCGCCGCCUGACGCUGACGCUGCGCAAGGCGCUCCUGGCGCCCAAGGCCGCGCCGCUGGCGUCGCUGGAGGCGGCGGUGCCGGGUGGCCGAUACAGCGGCCUGGUCACCGGCUUCCACGACCGCUUGGGCGUGUUCGUGACCUUCUUCGGCGGAGUGGUGGGCGCUGCCGCCGCCGCCGAGCUGGGCCUGCAGCCGGGCCAGACAGCUCAGGACGUGUUCAGCGUGGGCCAGGUGGUCAAGGCCACAGUGCUCGCGGCCGCCAAGGGCAAACUGAAGCUAUCGCUUGCGCCGAAGGCGCAAGCGGAGGCGGCUGCCGCCGCCGCCGUGGCAGCGCCGGCUGCGCCGGCUGCGCCGGCGGCUGGCGCCGCCGGCGGCGCCGCCUCCGGCGGCGCUGAUGCCCUGGGCGGUCUGCAGCCGGGCGACGUGGCGGAGGCGACGGUGGUGGAGGUGCAGGCGAGCGGCGAGGCGGCGGCGGGCGCGGCGGGCGGCGUGAGCUAUGUGCUGCGGCUGGACGUGGCGGGAGGGCCGGCGGGUGGCGUGCGCGGCAGACUGGAGGCCGCGCACCUGUCAGACCACCCAGCGGCGGUGGAGGGCUUCAAGGAGGCCAUCAAGCCCGGCAGCAAGCUGGGCCGCGUGCUCAUUCUUGACCGGCUGGAGGCGCAGCGCUGUUUGCGCGUCAGCCGAAAGCCGUCACUGCUGGCGGCGGCGGCGGCGGGCGGCGGCGGCGGCGGCGCGCUGCCCAAGGCCUUUGGCGAGGUGUCUGAGGGCGCGCUGUUGAGCGGCUAUGUGGCCAACGUGACGGGCGAUGCCGUGUAUGUGCGCUUCCUGGCGGGCCUCACUGGCCGCGCCGGCCUGCCGCAGUUGUCGGACGUGUUCGUGUCCAACCCGCGCGAGCUGUUCGCCGAGGGCCAGUCCGUGCGCUGCCUGGUGGCCACCGUGGACGCCGCCCGCCAGCGCUUCACAGUGCUGCUGCGGCCCAGCGCCACCGCCUCCAGCGACGCCGCCUACCUGAUUGACUACUUCAGGGAGAUGGCGGCGCUGCAGGUGCUGCGUGGCGACGAGGUGGCGGACGGCGCCGCCGCCGCCGCCGCCUUCCCGCUGGGGUCUCUGGCGGGCGCCGUCGUACACGAGGUCAAGGACUUCGGUCUGGUGGCGGACCUGGAUGGACACCCGGAUGUGGUGGGCCUGGUGCCCUCCAGCCACACCGGCGCCGCCGCGCCCGCGGUGGGCUCGCGCUUCAAGGGCCGUGUGCUCGACGUGGUGGCGCACCAGGGGCUGGUGGAGCUGUCGCUCAAGCCCGAGCUCACGGCGGCGGCCAAGGACGCGGCGGCGAGCAAGGAGGCGCUGCGCAAGCUCAAGCCCGGCACACAAGUGGAGGCUGUGGUGGAGGGCAUCCGCCCCGGCGAGUACCUCAUCCUGUCGCUGCCCUCCCACGCCCACCUGCUCGCCUACGCCGCCAUCACCGACUUCAACACCCCGCGCCCGGACGCCGUGCCGCGCAAGUUCACCGUCGGCCAACGCAUCUCUGCCACCGUCGCCGCCACGCCCGCCUCCGGCGCCCCCGCCGGCCGCGUGCUGUGCCACGUGCCGCUGACGCGCGCCGCCGCGGCCAAGGCUGGCGGCGGCGCAGCCGCCGCCGCUGGCGGCGCCGCCGCCGACGGCAAGAAGGGCGGCGCCGCCGCCGCCAAGGUGGAUCUGACGCCGGGCACGGUGGUGGAGGCGGUUAUCACAGGCAUCCAGCCGCAGCAGCUGGACGUGUCAAUCGGCAAGGCCUCCGGCCGCAUCCACGUCACAGAGGUUGUGGACGUCGACGUCAAGGCGCUGCUCUCCGCAGCCGCCGCGGCGGCGCUGGACGCCGCCGGCUCCUCCGCCGCCGCCGCCGGCGGCCCGCCAGCGGCGAAGAAGGCCCGCAAGGGCGAGCCCGCGGGUGCUGCGGGUGCCGCGGCGGCGGCUGCUGCUGUCAAGAACCCUCUUGACGGGUUCCGGCUGCAGCAGGUGGUGGAGGCGGUGGUGCUGGGACGGCUGCAGGGCGGCGAGGGCCACAAGCGCGGCGUCAUGGACUUGUCGCUGAGGCCCAGCCGCCUGGCCAUUGCGCGCAAGGCGGAGCCGCAGGCGCCCCCCGUGGUCCUGGGCGACCUGGUGCCCGGGCAGCAGCUGACCUGCUUCGUGCUGGAGGUGGCGGAGGACGCGCUGUGGCUGGGCGCCGGGCCCGCCGUGCGCGGCCGCUGCGCCGCCCUGGACGCCUCCCUGGACCCCAACGUGUGCGCCGACCUGUCGACGCACUUCAAGCCCGGGGCGCCGGUGCUGGCGCGCGUGCUGGCGGUGAACGCCAAGAAGCACACGCUGGACCUGUCGUUGGUGGACCCCUGCAGCGGCAAGGCCACGCACGGCUCCGAGCCGCGCGGCCCCGGCGCCGGAGCGCAGGCGCCGCUGCCGGCCGAGGGCGCUUUGGUGAUGGGCCGCAUCCUGUCCGCGUCCGGCGCCGGCGUGCGCGUGUCUCUGGGCCCCAAGCGCGCCGGCCGUGUGGCCCUGACCGACAUACACGACGCGGCCGUGCCUGACGCCCUGGCCGGCCUGACAGAGGGCACCUACGUGCGGGUGCGGGUGCUGGGCAAGGAUGGCGACUUUGCGGUGCUGUCGCUGAGGCCCUCGCGCGGAGGCGCGAUUGCGGGCGCUGCGGGUGCUGCGGGUGCUGCGGCGGCGGCUGGUGGGAAGAAGGGCAAGGACGCGGCGGCGGCUAAGGACCAGGCUGCGGCUGCUGCGCCCCAGCCCGAGCUGCUGGACGUGUCGGGCGUCAAGGUGGGCGACAGCCUGGGCGGCUACGUGAAGCGCUGCGACGCCAAGGGCGUGUUCGUGGCGCUGGACAGGUACCGCGACGGCCGCAUCAAGCUGGGCAACCUGUCCGACGGCUUCAUCGAGGACCCCGCCGCCGCCUUCCCGCCCGGCUGCCGGCUGGAGGCGCGCGUGGUGGCGCUGGAGGCGGAUGGGCGGCUGGAGCUGUCGCUCAGAACGGCGCCUCGCUCUGGCUCCUCGGGCGCCGCCAUUCAGUCGCUAGCCGAGCUCAAGGAGGGGCAGCUGGUGUCGGGCCGCGUGCGACGGGUGGAGAAGUUCGGCGUGUUUGUGGAGGUGGAGGGCAACAGCUCGGUGGUGGGGCUGGCGCACAUCAGCGAGCUGGCGGACGGCGCCGUCAAGGACAUCUCCGCACUGUUCAAGCCCAAGCAGGCGGUCAAGGCGGUGGUGACCAAGAUUGACGCCGCCGCCAACCGCCUGUCUCUGUCCAUGAAGCCGUCCGUGCUGCAGCAGGCCGAGGAGGCGGCGGCCGCAGCAGGCGGUGGCGCGGGCAAGCGGAAACGUGGCGCCGACAUCGAUGACGAGAUGGCAGACCUUGCAGAUGACGACGACGACGACGAGGAGGAGGAGGAGGAGGACGGCGAGGGUGACGAGGAUGGCGAGGGCGAGGAGGAGGACGGCGAGGAGGAGGAUGGCGAGGAGGACGAGGAGGCGGAUGGCGAGGAGGGCCCCGGAUCGGACGUGGACGUUGACGACGUGGACGUGUCGGAGGAGGAGGAGGAGGAGGACGAUGACGACGACCAGGACGGCGAUGCCGAUGUCGCCAUGGCGGACGCGUCGGAUGACGACGAGGCGGAUGGCGAGGACGAGGAGGAGAACGAGGAGGAGGACGAGGCGACACAGCGCUCCAAACCAGCCACCACCUCCACUGGGGCUCUGGACCUGACCACGCCAUGGGGUGAGCUGCUGCUGGCAGACGACCCAAGGGCCGCGGCGCCCGCCGCCGCCGCCGCCUCAGACGGCGACAAGGCCGGCAAGGGUUUGAGCAAGGCUGCGAAGAAACGGCUCAAGGAGCAGCAUGAGCGCGAGAUCCGGGAGGCGGAGCUGGCCCGGCUAUCUGGCACCGCGGCGCCGCAGACGCCCGCCGACUUUGAGCGGCUGGUGCUGGCCAGCCCCAACAGCUCGUUCGUGUGGAUCAAGUACAUGGCGCACCACAUCGGUCUGGGCGACAUGGACGCCGCGCGCAAGGUGGCGCAGCGCGCGCUGGACUCGAUCAACUACCGCGAGGAGGGCGAGAAGUUCAACGUGUGGGUUGCCUGGCUGAACCUGGAGAACGCCUUCGGCACGCAGCCCAGCCCCGAGGAGGCGGCCAUGGGGCUGCUGCGGCGCGCGCUGUCGUACACGGACCAGAAGAAGAUGUACAUGGCAGCGCUGGGCAUCUUUGAGCGCAGCGGCAAGGAGGAGCUCGCCGAGCAGGUGGCCAAGACCCUGACCAAGAAGUUCGGAGGCAGCUGCAAGGUCUGGGUGCGCGCGCUGGAGCGGGCGCUGGUCAAGGACGACGGAGAGGGCGCGCGCAAGUUGCUGGAGCGCGCCACUCAGUCGCUGCCGGGCCGCAAGCACAUCAAGCUGCUCACGCGGGCGGCGCUGUCGGAGUUCCGGCUGGGCUCGGCGGAGCGCGGGCGCGGCAUCCUGGAGGGCGUGCUGCGCAACUACCCCAAGCGGCUGGACCUGUGGAACGUGUACAUCGACCAGGAGAUCAAGACCGGCGAGCAGCCGCGCAUCCGGGCGCUGUUUGAGCGCGCCACGCACCUGCCGCUGCCGCCCAAGAAGAUGAAGUUCCUGUUCCGGAGGUACCUGGAGUAUGAGAAGGAGGAGGGCGACGAUGCCAGCGUGGAGCAUGUGAAGCGGCGUGCCAUGGAGUUUGUGGAGAACUCGCUCAAGGCGUGAGGAGUGAGGAGUGAAGAGGCGUUGCCGUGAGGGAAAGAAUGUUGGCUUGCAGGUGCGCUGGUGUCAGUUGCAGGUGUGUGGGAGUAGGAUGACGCGUGGCAAAGAGAUGGUGGUUGUGGAGGCGGCGUAUGGCAAGCCGGGAGCAGCAGCAGGCGGGAGCAGCAGAGCGUUUGGUUGAGGUAGUUUGGACCCGUUUGCUUGUACUGAUGUGUGCGCUGGCGCCAAAUUUGGGGUUUGGCGCCAAUACUUGUCCUGUGGCAAACACGUGGUGCAGUGGGCUGCACACGCGCCGACCGUUUGGACGUCCAGGCGGUGUGCGAGGCUGACUUCGUUUGUCUGUGAGACCGGUCUGCUGGGACCCAGCUUUGGUUACUCGCAUUCGAGGCUGCACUUUGGGGAUUUGGGUGCAGCGCUGUAAAGUGCUGGUCAG